AUGGUGUCGCCUAUAACCGAAGUUUCCAUUCUUUUGCUCUUAGCAAAAUCGACUUCAAACACUGGUGUCUUUCGAUUUGAUCCUGAAGCUAAACAUGGAAAUUCCAUCUACUUCCUUUAUCUGGAAAAACAGUCUCAGUGCCUGAGAGCUUGCUACGACGAAAGCGAGUGCAAAGUUGUGGAAUACAAUGAGACUGAUGGUUUCUGUAGGCUAUACAGAGAAGGGAAAGUUGGCCCAAUAAAAGGAUAUGAACUCAAACGUGAUGAAACUGACUCGUCAUGUAUGACAGAAACAUCCACAAGCGACGUAGCCUUCCAAAGGAUACCACCACGUCAAGAAGAUGAUAGAGAUUUUACAUGCAAAGACCUCGCAGCACCAGAUAAAACUGUUAUCGUACCUUUUGAAAGAGAGAGAUACCGCUUCUUUUUUAGUAAUACUUCCAGAACUUCUUCCAAGUGGACUACUGUAGGGCCCAGGCUUUCCCUCUCCAAGAAAGCAGAAGAGACCUGUACGCCUGUACCUGUUUUCCACAAAGCAAACCAUCGUCGCCUGUUUUUUGGAGAAAUCUACAAUACCACUGGCUACUACUUCUUCAAUGGGUACGCCUUUGCGGAUAGCUGUGUUGUAAAAGGUGAAUGCUUGGGUGUGUGGGAGAUUCAAGAAUAUGAAGACGAAGAUGGCAAGUUCUAUUAUGAUAAACCUGGAAGAGACGAUUUGAAACGUUCUGAUCUGGAUCAGAUUUUCUACAUUGCAAAAAUUGCAAAAUCACCUAGAUAG